UACUCCAAAAAGUGAAAUCCAAAUCCAAUAUUUUUCACAUUUUAUAUAUAAAUUCAUAUAUUCUGUAUAUAUAUUUGUAUAUAUUUCUCUUGGUGGAGGAAUGCUUGUCACCUACUCCUUUUGGCUUCCACUCUCUCUAUACUUCUCAAGAACUCUCUCUCAAAGAAAGGGAGAGAAGAGAAGUUACACAAAACUCUCUCUCACAAGAACUUAGUGAUAGAAACAAAGAAGGAAAGAAAGAAAGUAGAGAGAGAAACACAUAGCAUUUUCCUGGGUUUUGCUUCUCUCUCUAUAAUGGAGAAAUAUAGAUGUAAGCUAUGUUUGAAGAAGUUUGGAAAUGGUAGAGCUUUGGGUGGGCAUAUGAGAUCUCACAUGUUGAAUCUGUAUGUUCCACCAAAAACAGAACGGCAACCCAGUGAUCAACUGAUUCAACUCAGUGAUGAGACCGAGUCAGCUUCUUCUUCUUUUUCGUCAUCGUCAUCGGAGGAAGAAGAAGAAAAUGAAGAGAAAGAGUUGGGUUAUGGGUUGAGAGAGAACCCAAAGAAGAGCAUUCGCUGGGUAGAUCCUCACUUCUCGUAUGCAGUUGAUGCUGGGUCCGUUGUUCUUCAAGAUGGAGAGAGCGAGACCGAGUCAUCCAAGAACCCAACUCAGAGACGAUCCAAACGAGUCCGAAAAUCGGGAAUUACAGAGCAGAAUCAGUUCCACGACAACAAUUCGAGAAACCCAGAAGAGAAAAAGCUGAAAUCAGCCAAACUCGGCGCGACUGAGUCAUCCUGGGCAGAGCAGGAACCGGUGAGUUCGAUCUCGGACACCACCCCUGAAGAAGAUGUUGCUUAUUGUUUGAUGAUGCUUUCGAGAGACAAGUGGGACGAGCCCGAAAAAGAAGAAUCAGAGGAGAGUGAUAAAAUUGGUAAUGAUUCGGAGUUGAAAACGCAGAGCAAAACUCGGAUUCGAGGGAAAUACAAAUGCGAAACAUGUGACAAAGUGUUCAAAUCUUAUCAAGCACUCGGUGGACACAGAGCGAGUCACAAGAAGAACAACACGCUCGAAUCACGAUCGAAGGUGCAAGCAAGAAAUGCAGGUAGCUCAACAAUGGCGGGAGAGAAAAUACAUGAGUGCCCUGUUUGUUACAGAGUGUUCUCAUCAGGACAAGCACUUGGUGGGCACAAGAGAUCACAUGUUGUUACUUUUUCAGCAACAUCAAGUACUCCUCCUCAUCCUACUACUAACCCUAAAUCUGGUGAGAACUUGAUAGAUCUUAAUCUUCCUGCUCCAAUUGAUGAUGAUUGUGUUAGUCAAGUAGAAUUUUCUGCUGUUUCUGAUGCUGAAAUUUUCAACCCAAUCAAGCACUGAAUGCUUUGAUUAGAAAUGUAAAAGUUUUUCUUUGUUUUUUUUUUUUUCUUUUUUUCUUUUUGUAAUUUUUCAUAUCUAUGGAUGUGUUUUUUUUGGGCAAUUGGGACAAAUUGGUUUUUCUUUAUUCUCAUUCAUAAAUAAUAUUAUUGUAACUGAUUCCCUAAGAA